AUGGGGGGAAUUGGUAAGACUACUCUUGCCCAACUUGUGCACAAUGAUGAGAGGGUGAAGCAUAACUUUGAGUUGGCCAUAUGGGUCUGUGUCUCUGAUAUGUUCGUCAUUGAACAAAUUAUUCGAUCUAUAAUACAAGUGGUCACAAUGAACAAGUGUGAAUUGACUGAGAUGGAAGCAUUGCAGAAGAAACUUGGUGAAGUGUUAGGCAAUAAAAGGUACCUCUUAGUACUGGAUGAUGUUUGGAAUGAAGAUACACAAAAGUGGAAUGAUAUGAGAUCUUUGUUAUGCUUACAUGCUGGCCCAGGCACUGUUAUAGUUGUUACAAGCCGCAACGAUCAAGUUGCUUCUAUCAUGGGCACAAUUCCUCCACAUCAAAUAUCACUUCUGGAUGAAGAUCAAUCACAGGAGCUUUUUCAUAUAAACACAUUCAUAAGGCAAGUGGAAAAUCAAGAGGAAUUGAUCUCAAUGGUUAAGAGUGUUGUUCAUGAAUGUAAGGGAUUGCCUCUUGCUAUCAAGAUGAUGGCUGCUUUACUUCGUUCAAAGCAUCAUAGUCAGUGGGUUUCUGUUUUGGAUAGUGAUGUUUGGAAGAAUGGUCUCCUCACAAAUACUGGAAUUGUACCUGCACUACAACUAAGCUAUGAUCACUUGUCAUCAGAAGAAAAAAUAUGUUUUUCCUUCUGUGCUGUUUUACCCAAGGAUAGCCUAAUGGAUAAAGACAUGUUAAUCCAGUUAUGGAUGGCAAAUGACUUUAUUGCAUCGGAAACAAGAGGCCAACAAAUUUUUGAUGUGCUAGUCUCGAGAUGUUUCCUCCAGUUAUGUGCGGAGAUUCAAAAUAAUGACUUCAUCCACCGACCAACUACUUGCAAGAUGCAUGAUCUCAUGCAUGACCUUGCUAACUCCGUCAGCAAAAAUGAUUGUUCCAUUUUGCAAGAAUCUACAUCACAUGAAGAAAUUUUUCAAGGGUCCAUAGAUAGUGGUUUGUUACUGCAGGAGGUUCGAUAUUUGUCACUUGAUUAUGUUAGUAACAAUACUGUUGCCUCUAUGAAGAAAAUUCUAGCUCCCCGAGCCCGCACAAUAUUGGUCCAAAGGGGUUUGGAGUGGACUGAAACUUCUCUGGAUACACGCAAGUCUUUGAGUAUGGCCAUGUCAAAAUUCAUGUCCCUACGAGCAUUGAAGACAUUGUCAAUCAUAACAGACAUGACAAACUUGAAGCAUCUUCGCUACCUAUAUUGUUCUGAUUCUGAUAUAUCUGCACUACCGGAAGCCACUGUCAUGUUGUAUAACUUGCAAACAUUGAAGCUCAUUGGUUGUGUAUCCCUUAAGAAAUUGCCAGAAGGCAUACAAUAUAUGAGCAAUCUUCGGCACGAGUGUUAUUGGUUGGAGAGCAUGCCACGAGGUAUUGGUCAGCUUAAUACUCUGCAAACAUUGACAGAUUAUGUCAUUGAUAGUGAUGCAGGUGGAAUUGAUGAACUGAAAUACUUGAAUCUAGGUGGUGUUCUUUCUUUGACUGAGCUGAGAAAAGUGCAUAGUGCAGAAAAGGCUAAGAUUCAGACAAAGAAAAGGACCAACUUUGGGGCAGCAAUUUUGGCUAUGGUUUCACGGGUCUGA